AAUGGAACCUCGCAUUUAGCAAUGGUCCUCGCCAAAUGUAUUGGAAUAAAGUACGUCGUUACUUGCCGAAUCCCUGGUCGAGCAUGACCAUAUGCAUGUCCGAGCUAUUUGUUACGCACACAGGAACAAAUCGGCGUUUUUAUUUAGUUUGGCUUAUGUUGAGUUGCACUGCUGCCUCGCUUAUCUGUUAUCCCACUUCGAGUUUGUAUUGGCUAGUCAGCAAGGUCGUCAAUUGGAGUGGGCGGAUCUUGUUAUCGCUCGGAAUUUAGAGGAUAUCAAGGUGAAAGUGGUUCGAGAUCGUUGGACUUUGUGAUGUAGCUUCCGGGCUAAGGCAUCAUGUGGAUAUCGUAAAGGAGGCUUUACCGGCUCAUGGUACUAAUACAUUAUAGCCCCGUCAAUAGUAUACAACAGCGCUUGUUGGAAAUGGCUUGGUUUUUGAAUAGCUCAAUGCCAGUCGCCAAAUCUAUUUAUCACCUUAUAUGCGUUCAUGCAAGUAUAGC